AGCUCAUUUGAGGCAAGAUAAGAUUACACUAAGUCAUGAAGGGUAUCCCUAUAGACGUUUGGUCGAUAGGUCACGUGUACCAAGGACAGUGGUCUAAGACAAAGCCAGUCACAUAUAGCAAGGACUUGUAUAUAUAUGUGUGUGUUACCUGCUUAAUCUCUCACACCUGUUAUAGAAGAUAUAUGCUACACGAGCCGGGGGACUACGUGCAUAAAAGUUGAUUUAAAUCUUGGAUAAAGUCACAUAAAUGCAUAAUACGAUGUAGAUAUAUGCAACCUGUGGUAUAGACAUUUAAAACUCCGCACUGGGAUUCAUUUUGACUUACCUGUGUGUUUUGGACUUACCUGUUGAUUAACAUACCUGUACGAAAUGGAGGGUGGAGGAGGUGUACAUGUGGCUGUUAGCUACAGAUACUCAAGUGCCAAUAGGAGACAAAGCGUGGCCUCCUCUAACAAAACGGCGGAAACGGAAGUUAAAUCCCAGACCUGUUCGGCCUCUCCCAACUCGACGCAGAUGUUCCAGCGUCGUCCAAUAAAAACGGCGCUUCAUCAGGCCGUCAUUGACUGUCGUCUGCAUCAGGUGCGCCUGCUGGUGUCAAAACAUGGCGUCAACGUUGACAGCAAAGAUCUGAACGGUAGAACGCCGAUGAUGUUAGCCUGCAUCAUUGAGGAGGAGUUCGGAUACCGAAUGGCGAAAAUCUUGUUGAAGGCCGGAGCUUUUCUGAACCUUCGCGAUAAUCUAGGAAGAACAGCACUUAGUUAUGCAUGCAUGAACGGGAGGGAAGAUAUUGUGCGCAUGAUCAUCCGAGAGGACGUGCUGGACAUUAACGAGGCUGAUAACGAUGGCAACACACCGCUACACCAUGCGGCGUCAAGCGGCAACCCGACCAUCGUUACACAGCUCGUUGACUGUUUUGUGAGGUUUGGUUUGGAUGUAGACACACGGAACAGUAUGGGAUAUACGGCACUGUUACUUGCCUGUAAAAAUGGUCAUUUUGUGUCAGCACACGUGCUUAUAAAGAAAGGCAGCGCAAACCCGAGUCUUCGAGAUAACGAAGUAUUUCUAAAUGCGUCUGAUUGGUCACAGCGAAGUCAUGAUGUCCAAAGCAAAUUUGCUACACGGCGCGUUGCGCCCAUGACUCCUGCGCCCAUGUCAUUCUCAUUUUCGAGAGAAUCGACCAUGUACCAACGGACAACGACGCCGUCCUGUCAUCAUGUGAAAGGUCACCCAGAUUUCUUCGCCACCUGGUCCGACAACGGUUUGCGACUUCCGGCGAUGUUUUCCCCGAACGCACCGGCAUUGGAAAGGAGUGAGACUUUCAUAAAUGGUAAAGACGCGCGUCAAAUUGUUCUUAAUGAGAUAGACGAUUACGAAACACAAAACCGGCCAUCCUCGUUAAAGCGUUCUCGUGUUAGAAACCACCCACCCACAGCUAAAUUACUAGCACUUAAUCGCAGAAGCAAGACCACUGUGAUACCAGAUAUGACAACCAUAUUUAGGAUAUAUUCGGAUCAGUACCAGCCCGACUGGAGAAAGAGGUCAUCUUUGUCUAGAAACAGUAACUCACAGUUCUCCGUAUACAGUUCUCGCACGAACUCUGAACUACCUGUGGAGGGCAAUUAAAUCAAACAGGAUGCUUGGAAGUAAUUUUUUCCGAGAAAUUCAAAAAAGGGACUGAUUAUGUGAUUUUAUGAAAUAAUUUCGCAUUGCUGAGUCAUGGACAGUGUAGCUUUUCUGUCAAUGUUUUUCUUUUGUCGGACGAUGUAGACUUACAUCAUUUCGGACGCUGUCGGACAGUAACAAAGUCUGCUAUAUCAGGCGAUGACAAUUGAAAUCAACAAGAAUCGAUCAAUAGGUACCAGGAUGACACGAACCCAACUAGUUCGAUUAAAACAUGUGUCACUGUACACAUUUAUUGUGUACACACGGCACUUCUGCGAUGAAAUCAUCUUUAUGUUUGUAACUUAUGCCCACGUUCCACAGUCUGACAUUGUUUGAAAAAGCUUUAGCACUGCUUUAAAUAGUGCUUUGACACACUAACUGCAUUUUCAAAUUUAUUUAUUUAUUUAUUUAUUUAAUUAAAACAGACAAUAUGUGAACAUG